AUGAAGUACUCCGUUAUUGCCUGCGCCAUCACCGGUGCCCUCGCCGUCAACACCAACCUCCUCGCCGCGCGCGACGCCGCCACCGUCACCUCCAUCCUUGGCGACGUCAAGAAGGACCUCGAGGCCCUCGACUCCACUGUCAAGUCCUACAGCGGCGACAAGGCGCCCCUCCUCAAGGCCUCUAACGACCUCAUCACCACCCUCAAGGACGGCAAGACCAAGGUCGACGCCUCCGCGGAGCUCUCCCUCAACGACGCCGUCACGCUCACCUCGCCCGUGCAGGACCUCACCAAGAGCGGCGAGGCGCUGACCACCGACCUCAAGGCCUUCCGCCCGACGAUCGAGAAGGAGGGCGAGUGCGUGCUGGUCCGCACCCAGGUCGGCAACGUCAACGACGCCUCCCAGGCGCUCAUCAAGGCCGUCAUCGCAAAGGUGCCCCAGGAGGCCCAGACCAUCGCCUCCCAGCUCGUCGCGGGUCUGACGCAGGUCCUCCAAGACAGCGUCUCCGAGUUCAGCGAGGACAACUGCAAGAACAGCGGCGGCGGCGGCGGCGACUCGCCCAGCUCCUCCGCUUCUGCUGCCCCCAGCUCCUCCGCUGCCGGCGGCGAGUCCUCCUCGGCUGCUGCUAAGCCCACGAGCGCUGCCUCCACGGCCGCUUCAUCCACUCCUGCGGCGACCACUGCCGCCCCGAGCGCUACCGGCACCGGCGCUGCGACUACCAGCUCCGGCCCGGUCAGCACCGCUCCCCCCGUGGUUGCCGGUGCCGCCGCCAUCGCGCCUCUCGGCGCCGCCGCCUUUGCCGUUGCCGCUCUGCUGCUGUAA